AUGCGGGCGUACUUUUACAACGAGCAAGAUAAUUCCGACCCACGAGAACCACACGAAUUUAUCCCCUCUUCCCCUGUGACCCCAGAAGAAUUAGCACAAAUUGGCGUGCUUUAUUGGCACAUACAAAAUAACGAGGAUCAGGAAAAUGAAAUUAAUAGAGUUGCUAAAGAGCGGAGCUAUAAGAAUCGGGAUACUAUUACUUGUUCGAAAGAAGGUCUUGGAGACUUAUAUGAAAGCAAGCUAAAGUCUUUCUUUGAAGAACAUCUUCAUGAGGAUGAGGAAAUUCGAUUCAUUCUUGAUGGAAGCGGAUACUUUGACGUUCGAGAUCAAGGUGAUCGCUGGAUUCGCAUUGCUGUUUCUCCUGGAGACUUGAUCGUCUUGCCUGCAGGAAUAUAUCACCGUUUCACGCUUGACACUAAUGAUUACAUUAAGGCUUUGCGUCUUUUCAAAGAGGAACCGAAAUGGACACCGAUAAAUCGCCCAGCCGAUGAUAAUCCUCACCGAAUUCAUUACCUAAACUCAAUUACAUUACCGACAAUAUCAUGA